AUGAAAUUCCAGGUUAUACUCUUUUUAGCCGUAUUGGUCACAUUUGUCACUGCAAAUUGGUCGCCCGAGGACUAUGAGAUCUUCUCGCUCAAUGACAAAGUCAAGCAAGAUUUAGGAGAUGAAACGACAUUCUAUUCAUGGCUUGGUCUUUCGUCCAACAAGGCUACUACUGGAGAAAUCAAUAAAGCGUAUAGAAAACUCUCUCGUAACUUGCACCCAGAUAAAGCACCAAGAGUUCAUCGUAAGCAGGCCGAAGAAAGGUUCCAGAGGUUAUCUUUAGUUGGUAAUAUCUUAAAAGAUCAAAGUCUCAGAAAGAGAUAUGAUUACUUCUUAGCUAAGGGAUUCCCCAAAUGGAAAGGGACUGGUUAUUUCUAUUCUAAGUUCCGCCCAGGAUUUAUUUUCACUAUCACUUUACUUUUCAUAUUAGUUUCAGGGUUCCAUUACGCGUCCUUGGCAAUUAAUAGAAAGCAGGAUAUCAAAAGAAUUGUGGAUUUGAAACUGCAGUUGAAAAACCAAGCAUGGGGUGGGUCGCUUGUUCCUCCAAGUGAUGGGUCAGAUCGUAAGGUUUUCAAUGAGCUGAAUGGUAAAACUUUUAUUGUCGCUGCAGACGGCAAUGUUUACUUAGAAGACAACUCCUCUUUAUUAGUUUUGAAUGAAAACUCUGUACGUACAGUCCCACAUUUCAAGGAAUCCUUCUUAUUUAGAUUCCCAUCUUAUCUUUGGAAUAUUUCAGGUGGAAAAGUCACCGGUCUGUUGAUUAGCACUGAAUUAGAAGAGCCUGUUGUUGAAGAGUCAAUUGCUGCUGAAGACAAUAAGCUGAAAAAGAAGAAGAAGUCUCAAAGAGGUGACAAGAUUGAGUUACCAAAUGGGAAGGUCAUAUAUGGUAGAUCAUCCGGUCAAUCUACAAGAAGAAAGUGA